CAUUAGUACUUACCAGAUAAUCUCACUAGUGUUUAGACUCACUAUCUAGCAGGUUAGUGUGUAUUUGAGACGGUGUUUAUGUGGCUGGCCUGGUUAGCCAGUCCAAACUAACAACAUCCACGUUAUAUGCUAGCGAACUGUUAGCUACCAGCAAACUGGUGCUGAAGUCCGGUCUUCUCCUCUUGGUUGAUCAGUUCGGCUUGCAUCUAUGAAUUCGUUGGUGCCCACCACCUCAGCUGUCAGUAGCCCUGUUAGCUCGCUGGAUUCUCCUCUGUCGGUCAUCAGCUCAUCCACUGGCUCUCCUGGGCUGCCUGUAACUCCGUCGAUGGGUUACGGACCCCUCAGUAACCCACAGAUUCAUUCCUCCAUGUCUGAACUGCACACUGUUAGCAGCUCUGAUGAUGUGAAGCCACCCUUUGCCCUGAAGUCUCCGGGUGGCACAGGACCAAUGCUGUCCCAAAAACGACUCUGUGCCAUAUGUGGCGACCGCUCCUCGGGGAAGCACUACGGUGUUUACAGCUGUGAGGGCUGCAAGGGCUUUUUUAAGCGCACAGUCAGGAAGGACCUGAGCUACAUCUGCAGAGACAGUAAAGAGUGUCUCGUGGACAAGCGCCAACGCAAUCGCUGCCAGUACUGCCGCUACCAGAAGUGCCUGGCCAUGGGCAUGAAGAGAGAGGGUAUAUAUUUAUCUGUUCAGGAGGAGCGUCAGAGGAAUAAGGAGCGCGAGGGCGAGUACGACUUCAACACUGCAGCCAACGAGGAUAUGCCCGUGGAGAAGAUACUGGAGGCCGAGACAGCCGUGGAGCACAAGACGGAGCUUCACUCUGCUGGCAGCUCUGGCACCGGCGCGCACCUCGACCCGGUCACUAAUAUCUGCCAGGCAGCUGAUAAGCAGCUCUUUGGUUUGGUGGAGUGGGCCAAACGUAUCCCACACUUCUCUGAGCUCCCGCUGGAUGACCAGGUCAUUCUGCUGCGUGCAGGCUGGAAUGAGCUGCUGAUCGCUUCACUGUCUCAUCGCUCCAUUGCUGUAGAUGAUGGACUGCUGCUGGCUACAGGCCUGCACGUGCACAGAGACAGGGAGAGUACACGCAGUCCUGAGGUCAGGGCCAUAUUCGACAGGGUUCUGACUGAGCUGGUAAAUAAGAUGAGAGACAUGCAGAUGGAUAAGACGGAGCUGGGCUGUCUGAGAUCCAUCAUCCUCUUCAACCCAGAUGCUAAAGGUCUCACCAACACCAGUGAGGUGGAGCUGCUGAGAGAGCGAGUGUACGCGUCCCUGGAGUCUUACUGCAGACAGAAAUACCCCGAGCAGCAGGGCAGAUUUGCGAAGCUGCUCCUCAGGCUCCCCGCACUGCGCUCCAUCGGCCUGAAGUGUCUGGAGCAUCUCUUCUUCUUCAAGCUGAUCGGAGACACCCCCAUCGAGACGUUCCUGAUGGAGAUGCUGGAGACUUCCCACUGAGCUCUCACCCCGAGUGUGUGUGGGUGUGGGUGUGGGUGUGGGUGGGGCUGGAGACGUCAUCACUGUGACUGCACUUUUCAAUCUCAGGGGAACUUGAGCUGAUGGGCGGCAGCCUCCAGUCUGAGCUUCACUCUCUCGCAAAACAAAGUGGAAAAGACUCAGACUCGCCAUGAACUGAACCGUUGGUGCUAUAAUCGAGUCAGACAUCUUGAAUUCUUGAGGAUUUUUAUUAUGAUGAUGUUCUUUUUUUAAUUUUGGAACCUUCAGUUCUAUUACUAGCUUACGUAAGUGGGAUUUACAUUUUGAUAAAAAAAACAAACCUUUGAAUCUUGUGGAUGUUGAGCUUUAUUGUAAACGUUCUCCUUCAUCUCUUCAGUCUCGCUUUGCUUUAAAUCCUCGAGUGAAUAAUUUAUUCAGCCCGGCCCUUAAAGGACUGGUGAGAUCAACAUCCGGAUCGGCAGUUUAAAAACUGUUCAGUCACUGUUCCACUCACGCUGGUUAGUCUGGUUAUCGUACGCAGAGAAACGCAGGAUCACGUUGAGACGUGUGAGGAGAAUCUCCUGCUGUUCGCUGAAUGAUUCCAGAGAAGUGAUGUCUCGAUAUCGUGGGUCUUAGAGACCCGUCGUUACAUCCAUGAUUCGUUUGUACUGUUUUUAAUUUCCCUUCUUCAGCUUUGAUUGGUUUGGAAUGAUUAGGUCGUGACCCGGAUGCUCGUGCGUCAUGUGUUUAAGGUCGAGCUGGUGGUGACGUUGCUUCUUCUCUCCAGUAAUCGUUCAUUUCCUGAUACGUACCUGAUCUAUCAUGUAUUACAUCACUAUAUAACAUGAGUUAUGAUUCCUUACAUAAACUGCUCUAUAACAGUUCAAAUAUCAAACAUUUGACCAAAAUGGGGUCAGAUUUCUGUACGCUUCGCUGUUUGAUGUUAUAUCCCUACCAGCACACAUUUUCUUUCAUAAGCUGAAUAUUAGCAAACGUUAUACUAAACUAUUUCAGUGCCGCGCGUGCUUCUUCAUACUCUGAUUUAUUUUACUGUUGUUAUUAUUUUAAAAAUGAAAUAUCUUUUAAAUGGAGUUACUUACUAGUACUGUUCGUUUAUUUUUGUUCAGGGACGUUGGAACGCGCUCACUAAAGAAUAGAAAUCGAUCUACGUUUAUAUUUCACUGCUUUAUCAUCGUGUUUAUUCAUGUGUACAUCUAAAAUAGGAAGAAAAAAGAAAAAAAAACUUUAGUUUGCACCGGAUUUACUAUGAAUCCCAGUCUGCUGACUCUCUCCUGGUUCUGCUGAGACUCCUCUCAGACUCUCCUGAUUUCUCUGACUCUCUCUCCUCUUUUUCGGUGAUGUGCUUCUUGCUUUUAUUUUUCUGAACACGUUUAGGUUUGUAAUCUCGCUGAUUUUUCUAAACGCUUCGCUGUCGUAUUCGAGUCCAUGCCAACAGCUUUGGGGACAAAGACCACAGAGACGUUAAAAAUGCAAGUUCCCUUUUUUGGCAUAAAUGUGUUUACUGCUUGUCGGGGUUGUUUUGUAUGGUCCUUGUAAAACCACCAUCUUUACUGCAUUAGACAUGUUUGUGUCUGCCAUUGCACUAAAUUUGUCCUACAAGAAUGAUUGUAAUAACCCUCCAUUAGGUUCUGUGUUGUCACGGCUCUUUUUAGACGAGCUGGAUGAGUGUGAGUGAACCACAUGGACACGACCCUAAAUAAAAGCUGGUGAUAUCA